GGCGUUGUUGGGAGGCGGUGUCGGGUGGAGGACUGCUGGUUAGUUUGUGCUGUGUUUAUUGUUAAGGUUGUGUGGAUUAGCACUGCGGAACCCCGUCCAAUUUCCACUGAGGAUCUCCAUGGGUGUAAUAUAAGACAAACAUGCGCGGCCUUUCCCAAGUCGUCUGGAGGAGUCCUACAUGGCAGACACAAAGGAGCCUAUUGAAAGUGUUGGAACCGGAUGCCUAUAACUAUAAAUGAGUAGUAACACUGGAAUAACAUAGCCAAAAAUUAGUCUCUCUGCCACAGCUCGAGUUCUUAAAAAUGGCAAACUCCGUGGCGUUAGUGGUUCAAACUGACCUUUUGCCGCCCCAGUCCCCGUUCCCCUCCCUCCUCGGUUCGGGGGAGGAGGACGAGAGGGAGAGGGGAGACCUGGUGGAUGAAGACAAAACAGGUGUGGAGAGCGGAGGAGAGGUGGUGCUCGACGUAGCGCCCUCUUCAGCAUCAGGGGGGACAGUGCAGCCGGAGCAGGCCGAGCACCCGUUUCAGUGCUUGGACUGUGGCAAGAGUUUCCGGUGGUCGUCCAGGCUGACGCAUCACCAACGCAGCCACAACAACGAGCGACCGUACCGCUGCAACCUCUGCCCCAAAGCGUUUAAGGGCUCCUCUGCUCUGCUCUAUCACCAAAGAUCCCAUUCAGGCGAAAAACCAUACAAAUGUCAAGAUUGUGGGAAAGCUUUCAAACGCUCCUCCUUGCUUCAGGUCCACCAGAGUGUCCACACCGGAGUGCGAACCUUCUUGUGCCCUUAUUGUCCCCUGACCUUCAAAUGGAGCUCUCACUACCAGUAUCACCUGCGUCAGCACACAGGCGAGUGCCCCUAUCCCUGUGACUCUUGCCCCAAAGCCUUUAAGAACUCCAGCAGUCUGCGCAGGCAUAAGAACGUGCACCUGGGGCUGAAGCCGUACACCUGCUCCGUCUGUAACAAGUCCUUCACUCAGUCCACAAACCUGAGGCAGCACAUGAGGAUCCACACCGGAGAGCGCCCCUAUGUCUGCGGCGAAUGUGGGCGGAGCUUCACACACUCCUCCAACCUCGCGCUGCAUAAAAACUCCCAUUCAAACGUCAGUAACUCUGCAAAGGACGCAAAGAGAGGAGACGCACAGAAGGGGAACAGUGUAGUUGAGAUAGUGGUUGGUCCAGAGGAGGUGACAUCCUCCAUGUUAACAGAUAUGGUCGGAUUCGUCAGCCAAGAGGGAGCUGAAGGAGUCGCCGUGGGGAUGGAGGAGGUAUUUUUGUCCACCGGCUCCAACAGCCAGACGCCAGGGCUGCUGCCCCAGCUGACCCUCACCUCCUCUGGGGUAGACGGCCGCUCUUCCAGGCCCAUAGGGACAGAGGUCCACCUGAGCACUGACACUGGGGCCAGUGUGCUGCUGUACAGCUGCGGCAGCUGCAGCCAGACCUUUGGCACCAGGACUGAACUGGAGGAGCACCAGUCCAUCCACAUGACCCCAGAGCCUGCGCCCGGAGUAGAGACUGGCCCCGCGGGCAGCAUCGAGGUGGGCGAGGGGCUGAUGGGAUCUGGGCACCUGCUCGCAGACUUUGAAGAAGUUGUGGAGACCACCACAGUCUCUGAAAAUGGACAAACUGCAGAAGUGCUGCUCGGGCUGACAGGGGCUGCAGACAGCAGUAAUACUAAUGUGGGAGCCACCCAGGCCCAGUUCGACCUUCUGCAGAGCCUGACAGCGGUGACUCAGAGCUCAGAGACGAUGCAGCCGGAGCCCAGAACCACAUGGGCAGGGCUGUCAUGUGGCUACUGCAAUAAGAGCUUCAAAACCAGCGGAGGCCUCAACAGACAUGUCUCCCUGAUGCACACGGUGACAUCGCAGUCCCGUUGCCAGUUCAGCUGCUCAGCCUGCGACCGCUCCUUCCCCCUCCUCUCCUCCCUCCUCACCCACCAACACUCCCACACCCCGGAGCAGAGACUUUUAGCCGAAGCAGAGGCCGAAAUCGUGUGUCCCCCUUCGCUGUCCCUGUCUCUGCCCCUCCCGUCCUCUCCCAGUCAGACUGAUAAACAGCAGGAGGAGCAAAGAGAAAUCUGCGUUGAUAUCAUUACUGUCGGUGAAGAGCAAGAACAGCAAGCCAAGCCGCUCAAGUCUCUGAAGAAGGCGGGGGGCAAAAACACAGUGGCUGGAGAGAGGCCUUAUCGCUGCUCAGAGUGUGGAAAGGCUUUUAAAGGCUCCUCUGGUCUGAAGUACCACAUGAGAGAUCACACGGGAGAACGACCCUAUCGAUGCACUGAGUGUGGCAAGAGCUUCAAACGCUCCUCCCUGCUCUCCAUACACCAGAGGGUACACACAGGCGUCCGGGCGUUCCAGUGCCCGCAUUGCCCGCUCACGUUCAAAUGGAGCUCGCACUAUCAGUACCACCUGAGGCAGCACACAGGAGAGCGGCCCUAUGUGUGUAAGGAGUGUGGAAAGUCCUUCAAAAACACCAGCUGUCUGCGCAGACACAGUCAGAUGCACUCAGGUCUGAGGCCGCAUACGUGUCCCAUCUGCUCCAAGUCAUUCUCCCAAACGUCAAAUCUCAAACAGCAUGAGCGUACCCACUCCGGAGAGCGCCCGUACCAGUGCACCACCUGCAACAAAAGCUUCACUCACUCGUCCAACCUCCAGCUGCACCUCCGCACUCACUCCACACAGAAGGACUUCAAAUGCCCCUACUGCUCCAAAGAGUUUGUCAUGCAAUCCUACCUGCAACGCCACAUCCGAACCCACACCAAUACCUCCGCCGUACCCAAUGGAGGAGCUAAGGAUGGUGUAGCGGUGAAAGCUAACGUGGGCGGAGUUACCACAACCACGACCCUUCUCAACCCCAUCACCUUGGAAACCUCAGCGAACAACGGUAGUUUGAUUGUGUCGCAACCAGCUUUGAAUAUCCCUCCGAAUUCGUCUCAAAACUAUUUCAUGAUUCAAACGGUCAACGGUCUCCAGCUUAUACCGCUUUCGACCCCGACGCCAACCCCGCCUCCCCCUCCACCCAAUCCUCCGCAGAACUACCUCCUUUUGCAGUGUCCCUCUAACAACGGAGGUCAGUCACAUCUGAUUCUCGUCCCAACAGCUUCUGAAUCGCAAGCCCUCCCGAUGCUACAGACGAUUCAAACCCUCCAGCCGGUUGUAAACCAAAUACAGCAAUUUCAAAAUCCGUUACAACAACCGCAACAAUUCAUUCUCACGAGGAGCAAAAACAGCGCCAAAGAAACUGUCAUGACGCCAUCGCAAACACUGCCGCCUAAUUCGAUUUUCUCUAAACCUAUACUGGGGAAAAGCACUCGGACUGCUAGGAAUAAACGGGGGCGUAAAAGCAAAACGGCAGAACAGAAGACAGAACAAGCUGCAAGUUUUUCAUCCAAUAAUUCUUUAAAUAAAACUGCAGAUAACAUCACUACAGUGCCAACACUGCCUUCACCAACCUCAGUAUCUAACACGACUCCAACCCAAGUUCCUAUAUCUGUGGAUAACUUGGGACUCCCACCAACCGAAACUAAACCAACACCGAUUUCAACCAAUUCAGAAGUGACAACCCCAGAGCAGGAAUCAAGUAAAGAGUUUGUUUUAUGUUUUGAUAAUGAAAGUUUAACAAAAGACGCAAUGAAUGUGGGAGGAGGUGGGGACUCGUACAUGUUACAGUUUGAAGGGGAAGGAUCAGGCCAAGCUAUAGGUGAAGAAAUUGGGAAACAAGGUAAAUCGCUUUUGUUGCAGUUCAAUACAGAUCAAGAUUUAGACGACAAGAAAGACGAUAAAGGAAGAAUCAUGUCACUUUUGCAAAACUGGAGCGAUGAAAAAAGCAGCGAGAAGCAAGUUCAAAGCAGUGAACCAGAAUACGUUUUGCAUUUUCACUCCGAGGACCAGAACGCGACUGCAAACGAUGCCCAGUUUCACCAAGAGCAAGGGAAUGGUAGCUUAAAACUAACGUGCACAUCGAACCAAGACUUAGGAUCCCUGGACAGACAGGAAGUGGUAUUUGAGCUGGACGGUGAGGCGAAGAUAGGACAGGAGCAAGAAGAAGGGAUGCAGAUGAUAGCGUUAAUUGAAAGAGACGCAGAUAGUGAAGCUACAGGUCACACAGUUAACCAGCACCAAGGAGCGAUGGAGAGCAUAUUUCAGCUCGAAGGAGGGCAGGAGAUUGUUAUAAUUGAGGUAAAUACAAGUGGCAUGGAAAACAGACUAGAAACAGUAGGAGGUGGGAAAAUUGCAAAUAAUGAAAUUCCAUGUGAGGAUAUAAAAAUGGAUACAAAGGAACUGGAGUGCACGGUUAAUGAAGGAAAACAGAUGUUAGAAGACCCAAAAUAGACUGGUCCGACUCUGCAUGUGAACCAGGUCUGUGUGUAGCACUUUAGUCAGUGUGUGUGGCCUCGUGAAGAACAUGCAUCAUUAGACUGUGUGUGAAAAUGCCACGGGGCCACAAUAGAACUGUUAUACAUUUACAUAGGCUGUACAGACUUUGUAAUAGGCAAAUUAAUAUAUUACUAUAAAUUAUUCUGUCAUUGGCAGGUUGUUUAUUAUUGAUUUUUGUGAAUAAAUGUACACUUUGUAUCAUGGUUAUAGGCUAUGUUAAUGUAAAAUAUUAAUACUGAUCAUUCUGAAUAAUACAGUGCUAACACAU